AUGGGCGGCCACGAAAUCCACACUAGACGUGCAUAUGCGCACGUGCGGGUAGGAGGGAGUAUAGAGGAGCGAACCCGUGUACCUCCGGAUUACAUGACGCGCCUCUAUCAGUCAACCACUGAUGAGCGCGGUCGUCUCCUCGCUCCACCGCCAUACUACGCUGACUCGGUUCUCGCCUUCCUUGAUGAAAAGAAGAAAUAUAUGAUUUGCGCAUCACCGCCGUUACGUGGCUAUGACGCCGUUAGCGAUGCUGAUGAUAACAACUAA